AUGAGCGGGUAUACCGUGCUCAAUUCCAAGAGCAUAUCAGAAUUACCUGAUCCCGAGGCUCUUAAGGGGAAAUUGGCUUAUGUGAAUUUACCUGUGGUAUGUCUCGCCCUUCUAAGGCGACCCGAUAUGAACUUCGGGGUAUUGAUGGUGACAGAUUUCACUGAGUACGCUAAUAGCUCGUAUGCCAUGGGAAGUGCACAUCCCAGAUUGCCAGAAUCCUUCAGUAUUGGUAAAAUUCAGGCAUUGGAGAGAACAAAGGUGUUCGCUAUAACGUGUCUGUUGGAUAAAGUCGAUGCUAUGUGGGACAGGCUAUGUCUGUACUCUUCACGUAUGCAUCAUUACGAUCCGCUGGACGAGAGCCGAUGCAAUUUUUCACAGGAAGGUGUUAUUGGAUUUAUAAACAUGAGGGUCAAGGAGUACAAUUACUCUACAGAGGGGUGGUUGAGUCGCUUUCAUAUUUGCAACAGAGAGCAGAUGGCAAAAAGCGCGUUCAAAGCGAACUUGAGGAAAUACUAUUUUGGCAGCUUCAUGGAGCGGUUCUUGGGAAUCGUGGAUAAGAGCUUGUAUGACAAUUUGCUACCGAGUUUCCCAAUUGACUCGUACAGAAAGCCCGAGGACCUUGUACUGACAGGUGUGAAACGGCCAUCUGAUGAUCUCAUAACGCAAGCACCAAAAUCCAGGUCAAUUUCGGCAGCCCAAAUCACAUAUCAACAGCAAUUUACUCAGCUUCCUGCGGAAGAGUCGGAUGAUGAAGAACUACCUAGUUUUGCUGCAGACGAUGCACUUCCACAGCCCACACAGGCUCCAAAGUCCCAGAUAAUUCCCAUUACUAGGGCUCAAAGCAAGUGGCUGCGACAUGUUGUGAACAAGGUGCCGUUCCCUACGUUAUGCUCUGUGUCUCUUGAUGAAGCACCAGGUUUCACCACAUUCGAAACAACAUGUAUUCUCGGCAAUAUCAUUCCAGAGGUUGGCAAGCUAUUCAUUCGUCCCUACAAAAGAACAAUCAAGAUUUCCCCCAUCAGACUUGUGCUCGUGGGCUCUAGAGAUCAAAAGCUCUUUGCUGAGCUACACAGCGAGGAAGAUACCAACGCCUUCUUCGGGAUCCUGGAGGUCGAGGAGGUGCUUCCAAAAAUAGAGGAUACCCUGAAAGCGCUCCAGCGAUUAGUAGGGCUGCAGGUGAAAGUGAGGUUGCAAAAACGUUUGUUGGAUCUUGACUUCGGGUUCCAGAAACCGUACUGGGCCUGCAGAACACCGCUUACCAGUCUUGCCGACCUGUGGGACUGA